UUCCGGUUAAUUUUGUUGGUGAGGAAAAGAGACGAAGCGAACGAUUCUGUUGUGUUUAUCAUUUUGGCAGAAACAACAGAAGUGAAUCCCAAAUAUUUCAUAUAUUUGUUAAACCAAAUACAAUAUACAAAGAUGUCGGACGACUUGAUGAAACAGUUAAGCAGCUACAAAGCCCAGUUACAACAAGUGGAAGCUGCCUUAUCCACCGACCAAGAAAAUGAAGAUUUGAUGAAAUUGCAGAAAGACUUGCAGGAAGUCAUUGAGUUGACUAAAGACCUGCUGACGGCUCAACCGGCUGAGGGAGCCUCCAGUGCCAGCUCAGAUGCUGCACCCUUGAAACACAACUGGAAAGUGGGGGAUAGGUGUAUGGCCGUAUGGAGCCAGGAUGGACAGGUGUAUGAGGCUGAGAUUGAAGAGAUAGACGGGGAGAACCGCACGGCGGCUGUCACCUUCGCCGGCUACGGGAACGCCGAAGUGAUCCCACUGCAGAACCUCAAACCGUCCGAGGAGGGAAGGCAUAGCGACGACGAAGGGAUGGGGAAACCCAAGUCCAGGAAGGAGCAGAUUGCGGAGCAGAGGGAGUACAAGAAGAAGAAGGCUCAGAAGAAGGUGCUGAGAAUGAAGGAGCUGGAGCAGGAGAGGGAGGAUCAGAAGUCCAAAUGGCAGCAAUUUAACAACAAAGCUUACUCCAAGAACAAGAAAGGACAGGUCAAAAGGAGUAUAUUUGCAUCUCCAGAGAGUGUGAACGGAAAAGUGGGAGUUGGAACGUGUGGAAUUGCUGAUAAACCCAUGACACAGUACCACGACACAUCCAAAUACAACGUCAGGCAUCUCAUGCCACAAUGAUGUGUUUGUCUUACGUUAUUUGUCCCACUGUACAUGAUCUCAAUCAGUGAUUACCGUUGUGUUUAUAUGGUUUAGGUUACUAAGUAAAUUAACAAAAAACUGCUUGCACACCAUUUUUGACUGAAUGGUGCAGCAUUCUAGUGUCACAAUUUCAAAAGAAGAACUCUUAAUGAAGGCAUAUUGGCCCUAUAUUGGAUGAAUGACAGAAUGGAAAGCAGAGUCUGAUGGUCAAAUAGUUUCGUUUGUUGGAUUCAUGUAUCUUUACUGAUAUCAGAGAAGCCAAACAACUGAAUAAUUUGCAUGAUUUUAUCAGCUUUAGUUGAUGUUACAAGUCGACUUGUUUUCAGGAUAAUCUGGAUUGUACGAUCAUAUAUCAUAGUGUUUUACUCAUGUCUGGGUAUUGAUAACGAAAUAGCUUUUUAAAGCAGAGAAAUGCUCAUUUGCCAGCCAAGUUUUUUAUUUAAACAUAUAUACGCAUAUUUCUCCUCCCCAAUUUUGGCCCAAAAGUUAAAGAAAAAUACUGUUUUCAUAUUGGAACUGAUUGUCAGUUCCCUACAGGUGGCAGUGAUGUUCUUUAUUGCCCUAUAUGCGCUGUAUUUUGUGAUGUUGUAUAUUUUACCUUAUGUCACUGCUGUUGAUAUAAGCUUCUUUUUUCUAAUAAAUUCAGGGAUGACUGA